UGAGCACUAUCGAAACCAGCAUACUUCGGUUGUGAACAACAUUAUUUAAUUAUUUUUUUUUAUGUAAUAAAAUUAAUUCCCUAUAUUCUUUGAGUGUAAAAAUGACGCUGUUUUUAUCCUUUUGCGUUCUUACUUUGUCGUCUCUGCUAAGCUCCAUUCACUGCAAUGUCCUUGUUCCUCGAGGAUUGGAGGCGUGUGGAGGGUCACUGUACGUUGAAGACGCGGUCGUGAUUGACGUUCCCACCCAAGAAAAUUGUAUUUGGAAAGUCCAGACGGACAAAGACCAUAUUCUUGUCUUUUCUCUGGCUGAUGGUGGAAAUUUCGAACGAAUUUACGAUUUUACUACGAUUCACGAUGGACUUGAAGGUGACGCUCCUGCUCUCCUCCUGGAAAAUCAAAUACAUCACGAAGUCGGUCUUACAAGAGCCGGAAUACUCAAUUCUGUGUACACAACGAGUUCGGAAGCGGCAGUGCGAUUCAAGAAUGCGCCAACUUCUACUUUCAAACUUAGAAUACAGAAGGCUGUUAAUUGUCCCUUUAAUGUGGGAUCAGAAAGUCAGUGCGGUCGAAUUGUGGAUGACACUUCUUGUUACUGCGCAACUUUCACCAAGAGAUCUCAGGCGUCGCAAUCGUCGUUUUGUAUUGCCAACCAAAUGAAGUUGCUGGCAAUUGAAAGUUUGGUUGAAGAGCUGGCUGUUCACAGCAUUUGGCCAACGACCUAUUUCUGGACAUCUGGGACGGAUAUUGCCACCGAAGGAAUUUGGGUUUGGGAGUCCACCGGCGUCAAUCUGUAUCCUGGCUAUGCUAAUUGGGGAACCUCUGAACCCGACACUUUAGAUGGUGAAGAUUGCAUUUUGAUCCAUUCUACUGUAGGUUGGCAGGAUUAUGGCUGUGGAUCUGUUCAAGACGGCGUAUGUGAGGCAAGAUAGAAGGCUAUAUCUGCAGCAAUUGUAAUAAUAGGCUAAUCAGAAUUUCGAAUUAUCUGCAUAAUAAUAUAAACGAGCUACGCAUUCGGUUUUUUCUUUGUUUCUUGUAACGAGAUUGUAGUAUUGUAGUAACAAAAUACAAUCAGCAACCUA